CUUCCAAGCCGAGCUCGCGCCUUCCCUUCCAUUACAAGAAGAUUUUGUUUACCACUGGAAAGCAAUCACCCAUUACUACAUAGAGACAUCAGAUGACAAAGCUCCUGUGACUGAUACCAACAUUCCUUCUCACCUGGAACAGAUGUUGGAUAUUCUAGUUCAAGAAGAAAAUGAGAGGGAAUCGGGCGAAACAGGACCCUGUAUGGAGUAUUUGCUACAUCACAAGAUUUUGGAGACUCUCUACACACUAGGAAAAGCUGAUUGUCCUCCAGGAAUGAAACAACAAGUUUUGGCUUUUUACACAAAACUUCUUGGAAGAAUACGGCAACCUCUUCUUCCCCACAUAAAUGUGCAUAGGCCAGUGCAGAAAUUAAUCAGGCUGUGUGGUGAAGUUCUGGCAACACCAACAGAAAAUGAAGAAAUUCAAUUUCUCUGCAUAGUAUGUGCAAAGCUGAAACAGGAUCCAUACCUAGUUAACUUCUUCCUUGAGGUCGUUCAGGAUCCUGUUUUGCACGUUUACAAGAGGCAGAGUAAGUUAAAAGCAAUGGCUUCCAAAGGAUCAGCAGGUGUCAUCACAGAGGAGAUGCUGAAAGGCCAAGACUCUUUGACAACAGACACGGGGCAGCCUGGUCAGUCUGAAGAGAUUCCGGGUGCCGCUGGGGCAGAGCAGAUGGAGAAGGAAGAUGACCUCCCCCAACAGGCAGAUGAUCUCUCCUUCAGUCUGGACGAACUAAAUGUCACAUCAUCACCCGAGUCCUCCACUGGUUGUCCAAAUCAAGACUAUAAUUUAGUGAAUUCUCUACUAAAUCUCACCAAAAGUCCUGACGGCCGGAUAGCAGUGAAGGCCUGUGAAGGCCUCAUGCUUUUGGUGAGUUUGCCAGAACCAGCAGCUGCCAAGUGCCUGACUCAAAGCACUUGUUUAUGUGAAUUGUUGACAGACAGGCUGGCCACCCUCUACAAAGCCCUGCCUCAGUCACUGGAUCCCUUAGACAUUGAAACAGUGGAGGCAAUUAACUGGGGUUUGGAUUCCUAUAGCCACAAAGAAGAUGCAUCUGCUUUUCCAGGGAAAAGAGCGUUGAUUUCAUUUCUUUCAUGGUUUGACUACUGUGAUCAACUCAUCAAAGAAGCACAAAAGGCUGCUGCUGUUGCUAUGGCAAAAGCUGUGCGGGAACGAUUUUUCAUUGAUGUUAUGGAACCCCAGCUGAUGCAAACUUCAGAGAUUGGGAUCCUCACAUCAACUGCACUAUUGCAUCGCAUUGUUCGUCAAGUGACUUCAGAUGUCCUCUUGGAGGAGAUAGUUUAUUUUAUACUUGGAGAACAGAGAGAGCCAGAAACUUUGGCAGACAUCAACAGGCAUCCAUUGCGACACAGAUUAAUCGAACACUGUGAUCAUAUUUCAGAUGAGAUCAGCAUAAUGACCUUACGAAUGUUCGAGCACCUUUUGCAAAAACCCAAUGAACAUAUUCUUUAUAAUUUGGUUCUGAGAAAUUUAGAAGAAAGGAAUUAUAUGGAAUACAAGCCUCUCUGUCAAGAAGAUAAAGAUGUCGUAGAGAAUGGACAGAUUGCAGGAGCAGUAGACCUAGAGGAAGAUCCGUUAUUUACUGAUCUGUCUCCAGAUAACACGUUGUCAGCUCAGGAGUGGCUCAGUGCUUCUCCACCUGUCAGUCCAGAACAUCCAAAAAAUGAUGGGAAGACUGAAGUUCAUAAAAUUGUAAAUAGUUUUCUCUGUCUUGUACCUGAUGAAGCCAAGUCAUCGUACCACGUGGAGGGUACAGGUUACGAUACUUACCUCAGAGAUGCCCACAGACAAUUCCGGGAUUAUUGUGUCAUCUGCUUACGGUGGGAGUGGCCUGGAUCUCCCAGAUCUUUGGAAAAGUGCAAUCUAGAAGCAUCAUUUUUUGAAGGACACUUCUUGAAAGUCCUCUUUGAAAGAAUGGGCAGGAUUCUUGAUCAGCCCUAUGAUGUAAAUUUACAAGUUACGUCAGUGUUGUCCAAACUGUCCUUGUUUCCCCACCCUCACAUACACGAAUACCUUCUGGAUCCUUACGUAAACCUGGCGUCUGGCUGCAGGUCUCUCUUCUCUGUUAUUGUCAGGGUCGUUGGGGACCUCAUGGUUAGAAUCCAGCGCAUCCCAGACUUCACUCCCAAACUUCUGCUGGUCAGAAAACGCCUGCUGGGCUUGGAGCCGGAAGGGCCCAUCAUUGACCACAUGACGUUACUAGAGGGCGUGAUUGUGCUGGAAGAGUUCUGCAAGGAGCUGGCAGCCAUUGCCUUUGUCAAGUAUCACGCCUCCUCCACGCCGUAAGCAGCCCCGCUGAGCGGGCAGGCCAGGCCUCCUGCCCUGCCUCAGUCCCAAAGACCAUUGACUGCACCCAGGGGAGAAGAGCUGGUGCCUCCUUGCAAAGUGUGGGUUGGCGUUUGGCAGAACUGGAAGGCAAGUUGCUUUCACCAGAUGUUGAGGUGGCGAGAGAAAGGGAUGGAAAUGGACCUAGGGUAGGAUGGAAGGCAUUUUGGGAGAAACCAAUACACAGCAUUUCCGGCCACUGUGUGAAAAGAGCUGCAAAAGCUGCGUGAAGAACCACAGCCAUCAGCCCUCGGGUGUUCUAACGACAACGUUUAGAGAGUUGGGUCUUCUGUACGUCCUGGGGCUCACGUGCGCCAAUUCGCUUUUUGUGACCAUAGUACUUUUAAAAAGCAAAUUAAUUUCAUAACAUUUUUAUGUCUUAAUUCUUUUUCUUUUCAGUUGGAUCUAUGGAAGGAAAUCACAACUAUAGUUGAAAUGUGUAUUAUUAAAAAUGAGGAGGUGCAAAAAAUCCACCAAUCCAUAUAGAGUGGGAUAUAUUAAUGAGGAAUCAUUUUUGUUCUGGUGAAUCUUAAAGACAGCUCUGAGCUUGAUUCCCCAGGGGAUUACUCCAGGAGAGAUAUCAGUAUAAAAUCAGUAGUAAUGGAGUUAAUCCUCAUUCAGCAUCACAUCCCUAACAAACAUACCUGAAGUGCACAUGUUUCUAGCAUGUUUGUCUCUGUCGUUCCAAGGGAUUGCUCUUCAGGUCACCUGUGUAACUAGAUUUGCUUUAGGAUUUUGCUUGUGAACUCCAGUUGCUUGACUUACGUCACCUUUACAGGCAAGUUAAUUAUAGGUCAUUAGUAGUUGUUGCUGAAACAGUAUUUUUAAUUUCUUUUAAAUUGGUAUUUAGCCUGAAUUGGUUUAAGAAUCUUUUGUGCCUUGCAGAUUGGAAGCGUAACCAUUCUGUCAUUUUUGGAACUGUUCUUAUUGCUUGUCUAUCCAUCGCAGCAGCGCCCGGCAAAAGAUUGAGCGAUGCCAAUUCAGUUGAUACCAUAUAUAGGACCAAAAUUUGCUCCUGUGUUUCCUGGUGCUGGGAUGCACAGACGUCCCUCAGUGAAUCUGUUUCUACGUGGACACUUUCAGCUAGGGCAGGCAUCUCCAUGGGAAGCAGAGGGCCGUCGGGUGGGUUUCCCCAGCGGGUCCUCACCCCUCUCCUCCCACCAGGAACAGACCAGUGCAGGCACCGGGGUAGAGUUUAGCUCCUUGUGUUUACACCCUAUUUCUUUGUCUUUCCUCCUGUCCUAUUUGCACAGCUCAUGCCCGUGUCAGAUGUGAUUGCUCCUACACAAAUGUGCACUAAUUCAGUCACGAGAAUUUUUCUGGAUUUACACGACUGUACCUAGAAUCAGACUCUGCUCUGAAUCCAUGCCUUUGGAGGUCUUUUUUUUUUUUGUUUCCAAAUAUUUUUGGAUCCUGGACGCUGAGCGGCCUUUUAAGUUAGCAGGUUAAUUAGAAUAGUGUCACAGUUAAUGGGCUAAAUUUAUUCUUUUCACAGCAGUGAAGAGGGUCCUGCUGUAAAAGCUCCCAGUACCGGUUCGGCUGGAGAGAGCCGUUCUGGAACUGGGGAAACAUUUUGGCAGGAAAAACCUGUAUUCAGUGGCUCCCUGUACUGGGAGACUUUUGUACAAAGCUUUGCAUUUAUCUGGCAGACAAAAGCAUGUUUUACUUCUUCAUCACCUUUUUUUUAGUUUUCUUUCCCCUAAAUUUAGCCCCAAAGUAUUUUCAGGUCAAAGCAGCAUAGUAGGAUAAAGUGUAAAGAAGUGACACUUUUUCAUUUUUGUUCUUUAGAAUCAUACCUUGAAAGGAGCAGAUAAUGUUUGGUGAUAGGUGUUGCAGUCAGUCCAAGCUUCGUUAAUGUGACGGACCUGACACGUAGUUUAGAACAUGUAAGUGUCUAUGCAGAGUGAUGUUUUAUACAUACAUUUGUUAUAAAUAAGGUCCCAAUUCAGCAAAGCAAUUAAACAAAAGCUUAAUUUCAAGGAUUUUAUUCCUAAAUCACAAUCUCUUACAUGACCAAGUUAAGCUGUUGAGCAAAAAUGCUGAUGCUUUACUGAAUUUGGGUCUUUGUUGGGUUUGCUUGAGUUUAAUUACUCUUUCCUCAAAUUUUCUAUUUUCAUUAUUUAUUUUUUUUUAAAAGUGUAUGUACCAGAAUACUUCUAAUGUCCCCAAUUUCAGUGGAAACUGGAAGCGAUAACAUUAUUAUAAAUGAAAGUGACAGAAACAUUAAACAAAACUUGCAAGAGCAUUCCAAGUAAUGUAACCAUUUAUGAAGCCAUCCAAGAGAUGCCUGAUCUCAAAUGAAAACAUUAACAUCACCUCUGUUGUUGUUGCUGUUGUUGUUUUCACCGACACCUGAGCUCAUUACUCUGUGAGGAAUGGUGUCCCUCAGCUUCUGGAAGGAGCGCUGCAACCUCUGCAACCUCUCUGGCAUUUUAAUGCAGAACAGUCAACUGAGCUGCAACCCUCAUUUCUUCACCCUUGUCCAUCAGAAAAAUAAGUAGAUUUAACUAUAAGCAUUCUUAAAUUCAGGACAUAAUUGUUUGGUCUCCAGCAACAUUGGUGAUGUUCUUGCAAACCAGAUGUUAUUUAGGUGAUAAAUUUGUAAGACCUGGAUCCAGCCUGAUAGAAGUGAAGAAAUCCUUUGGGUUGCUUCAGCCUGAACUGCUUUAGUGAGCGCUGCCUGCAGACCCUUCAUUACCACACAUGGUGACAAUGACCUUUAUUUUUGUAGAAGUGAUUUAAUUUUCCUUAAGAGAUGGAACUCAUUUAAUUAUUUUUUGUGGUAAUAUUUUUCAUGCACUUUUUUUUUUAAAAAAAAGGAAAAAGGUUAGAAGUUAGUUCAGGUCUGUGUUUUCACCUUUCCCAUCUAUGCAUGUCCUUGAGGUGCCCGUUUUGUUUCUGUGUGUGUGUGUCUGUGUGUGGUUAUUUAUUACCCAGAGGUGGACACCAGGGAAAGGUAUGGCCUGAGGCUCUCAGCAUGUGCAGACCCUCCAGGUGUGGGUGGGAAGUGCCAGUGCUCAUCACCUUAGGAAACAGGGCCCCUAGGAUUAGAUUGAAAUACUUGAGAGCUAAUACUAGGAUAAUUUUUUAUUUCAAAAAGCAGAUCCAAACCACAUUUUAAUCACGAUGCACAUGUCUGUACAUAGACACAUUUUGACUUUUUUUUUUCCAUUUCUAGUAUGUAUUUGAUUUAGACUCCAAUAGAGAAGAUUUUGUAAUAAGCCAUGUGCUAGCUCUGGUAGAAGAAGUUUGCCCUUAGUUUCUCAUCUGACUGUAAUAUUCCUGGUAUUCAGAUCCUGUCUGUGUAAUGUUCUUACUAUGUAUUUGUCUGUGCAAUAUAAAAGCUGUGACCCGAUACACAGCUUGAGUCUGGUUGUACAUCACCUAUGUAUAUAUAUACAGAUAUAUAUAUAUAUAUAAGGACCAGAAUCCCGAGCUUGCUUACACUACGAUUAGUGUAAAGAUCGUCGCACUCGAUUUUACAGGGCACAAGUAAUCAUGGAAUGGCUUUGCCAAUGCAUGGUAAUUUCUACCAUAACCCGCAGUGGAAUUUCACAGAUGACAUUUUAUUAGUGCUAUUUGUCUUGUUAAAAGAAAUGCUAAAGCAGAAGUGCUGGGUGACACGGAAGGAUGAUGGAGUAGACUUGGGGCUACAUGGGAAAUCCAUAUCUGGUAUUGCUUAUCAUACGGGGUUUUCACACCAUGAUCCUCAAUGCUUCCUGUGCCCUGUAAAAUAGUGUAACUAUAUAAAAUAUAUACUCCUUGUUUUGCCUCCUGCCUUGUUUACAUUAAACAGAGGAUAUUGAGUAAAAUUUUUCUAUUAAACUUUGUGUAGGUCACUUACUGACAGUGUUGCCAAGGUUUCACAGGUGUGGGAUUUCCAAUGAGGAGUUGUUGAAACAGCCGCCUCACCAGACAUACCGUAUUACAUUUUAUGAAGGAGGUUGUGAUAAAAUCCAACUUUUUGUGCUAAAAAAGAAAUGCAUGGAGGAUUAAAAGGGAUAUUCUCAAAAUAAAUUAAUUUCAACGAA